GUGCUGGAAGCCAUGGCGAUGGCUGUGGAGAAGGCUCACACGGUCAUCAUCUGCUUGUCUCAAAAGUACAAGGACAGUCCGAACUGUAGAACUGAAGCCGAAUACACAUUUAGACUACGGAAAAAAGUGAUCCCGUUACGACUGCAAACCGGAUACUAUCCGGACGGCUGGCUGGGCAUCUUAGUUGGGAGCAAGUUGGUUUUCGAUGUCAGUCAGCAGACGAAAUAUGAAGAUUCCAUAAAACACCUGAUCAAGGAACUAUCCCAAGGAGCGGAGGAAUCCGGAACUGUAACUGCUCCCACUGUUACAAAAAGUAAGUCAGUUAAAUGUGAUAUAAAAAAGUUAUUUUUGAAUUUUAAAUGGAUUAAAAUUUAUUUUUAUUCUAAUUAUUGA